GGAGAUGAUAGAGCCCAACUACAGCAGCAUUGAGCAGCUGUUCUGCUUCCCACAGCCAACCCCCAAGGAGAAGACAGCAGCACCAGUGAAGGCAGAGCCGAAGGAGCUCCAAUGAAGAGGUGACUGCCAUGAUCCAGAAUGGGGACCGGACCAAGUUUGAUGUUGAGGUUCUGAAGCAGUUGCUGAAGCUGCUGCCUGAAAAGCAUGAGAUAGAAAACCUGAAGGCCUUCAAAGAAGAGAAAUCAAAGCUAGCAAAUGCAGAUCAGUUCUAUCUCCUCCUCCUUCAGAUUCCCAGCUACCAGCUGCGCAUUGAGUGUAUGCUGAUCUGCGAAGAGACCACUGUCGUGCUCGACAUGAUUCAGCCCAAAGCUGAAGCCAUCCGGAGAGCCUGUGAAGAUCUUCUGACCAGUCAUCGCCUGCCAGUCUUUUGUCAACUGAUUCUCAAAGUUGGAAACUUCCUGAACUACGGAAGUCACACGGGCGAUGCCGAUGGGUUUAAAAUCAGCACUUUACUCAAACUAACAGAAACCAAAGCCAACCAAACCCGCAUUACACUGCUCCACCAUAUUCUGGAGGAAGUAGAAAACAGCCACAAGGACCUACUGGAACUGCCAAAGGAUCUUGAAUAUGUUUCAAAAGCAGCAGGAAUUAAUCUUGAUAUUAUACGCACGGAGUCUGGUACCAAUUUAAAGAAGUUGCUGGAGCUUCAGCGGAAAGUCUUAUCAUCAAAUGAGGAUGUGAAACAACAGUAUGAGAAACCCAUCCAGGACAGCAUUGAUGCCUCCAGAAAGCUGGAAGAAGAAUUUGAAACCAUUGAAAAGAAGAGAGAAGAACUUGCAAAUUAUCUCUGUGAAGAUCCAAGCAAGUUGUCCUUAGAGGACAUAUUUAGCAUCAUGAAGACCUUCAGAGACCUCUUCAUCCGAGCCCUGAAGGAAAACAAGGACAGAAAGGAGCAAGCUGCCAAAGCAGAGAAGAGGAAAAAACAGCUAGAAGAGGAAGAGGGCAAGAGACAGAAGGGAGAAAAUGGAAAAGUCAUCAAGAAGGGGCUGAUGAAGCAGGAGGAGGUGUGUGUCAUCGACGCCCUGCUCGCCGACAUCAGGAAAGGCUUCACGCUGAGGAAGACAAAGAACAGACACGAGUCAGAGGCAGCUCCUAAAGCCUUGUCUGCAGAGAGCCUGGAGGAGAGCCAGUCUGGACAGAGCAUGAAGGAUCCACAAGCAGCAGGGAAGCAGAUUGAUGACAAGACUGAGCAAAACAAGGAUGAUCAUCCCUCAGAAAGCACUCCACCCUCAACCACUGCCCUGAUGGAGACAGGUGGAGGUGUUACAAAUGCUUCAGCUUCAGGCCAGGUAUUAUCUACAAACAGUGGUGGAGGAAAGCUGCCUCUGGAGUCCCAGACCAAAAGCCCCUCAGAGAGUGUGGUGGAAGCUGAUGGAACCAGUCAGACCACGCUGGGCCCCGGGAUGGAGCAGGCAAACAACGUGGAAAGCCUCCAGCCCAGCACAAAGAGAGGCUCCCUUGGCUUCUCUGUGGCUGACAUAGGCACAAGGAUAAGCUUUGUGAGCAGCAGUUCAGCCCCUGCUCUGAGAGACCAACUCAGCUGGACUAACGGGUCCAUGUCAGAAGGCCAUGACAAGGAAUGCCCAGCUGAUGGCUCAGACAGUGCUCAGCCUGCCCCCUGCCAUGAGGCUCAGCAGGCAGAGUCUAAAGAAAUGACGAAGGAGAAUGAAGACCCUGGUACAGACUCGCUGUUGGACACCUCUCAAGACAAGUCCUUCUCAGAGGAGCCAGCCACUGACUCCUCUUGCUCAGCAACACUUCCCCCAGAGCAAACUCACAGUGACAGGGAAAAGCAGAGGCCAUCAGGAAAAAGGAAGAAGAAGAAGAGGCACAGCAAAAGCUACUCAGCAGAGGUUGAGACUGAUACUGGAGAUAAUAAAACAAAAAAAGAUUGUGUGGCACAAUGAGGUGUCAUGGCAAGGCAGAAGGUAUGAGAGAACCUCUCAUGUGUCCCUGGAGUGCUGCCAGCUUCUGAGACUCCAGGUUCUGCAUCAGUGAAAUGCCACCAUGGACAACUUCUGCCCCAUGAAGACCCACAGCUUCUCCUCAUGCAGCCUCUCACUCCCCUCCCAGGACCUAAAGAGCCUCCCCAGAGACUUUGGACCCCCCAGCCUGUGCACUGGGCACCUGUGGGGGCAGAGGAUGGCUCUUGCAUAGUGGUGGUGAAAGGGUCAGAUCUAACAUCCACUGUCAUGGAAGUCAAGGCUUUCAGCCUGCUCUUAGGCCAAACUCCUCUUGAAAUGACAGCUGAGUGUGGCCCAAGAACAGACUGCAGUGUUUAGCCCUUGAAGAAGUGUUAAAAACAGCAGUGCCUCAACUAAAUUAAGGGUAUAAAUUAAGCAAUGGCUGUACCAUCACAGGUGGAGGUGUGUUAAGUCCCUCUUCUCCUUGCCCACUGAUGACUUAUAUUGGACCAGGUCCAAGACCCAGAUUAGACAAAUGUAUUUUUACUCUCAAUCACUUAAAGCAAGGGAAAUGGGUUACAGGGGGAAAAAGCAAGUAAAAGAAAAAGUAUGUAUUUUACUCAGCAUAUGGCCAUAUAAACAGUGUCUGGUUCCUACAUGAUGCUUAUGUGCAAUUAAGUUGAAGUGCAUCAGGAGUCUUAAGUAGUCUUGCCACACCUGCUGGUGCAACCAUCAACAUUUGGAGAGCCAGGGCUCUGGUUUCUCUUACUAAAGCAAAAGGAAGAGGUUUUCCAGAGUGUUCUCUUGGACACAUUUUCAGUUUAUCCUGUAGUAAAUCUCUGGGUUUGACUUCCAUUGUCACCUGCUUGUACUCCAGAGUCUGUGUCCAAGCUGCAGAACGUGUGGAAUCGUGUUACUUUGGCUUUAAAACUGGGACUGUGCAGUACUGUGUUCUCAAAAUUCAGAGCUUUAUUUCUCAAGUUUUGUAAUAACACUGUAUAAUAAUUUUGUACAUAGCUGUCCAUUUAAAUUGAUCUAUGUUUGUUGAAUCUGUGGUGUGAUAUGUGCUGAAACAUAAAUCCAGUGGAAGAGCUGGGUACAUUUCAGAACUGUUCAUUUAUAUGAUAACUCACUGUGGCUAAACUAAUGUGCAGGCUAAAGCUUAUUUUGCUCUGCUUAAUAGGACUUGUAAUGUCCUUGUAAUACUGAAAACUUAGAAGUGAAACCAAGAAUUAAAUCACUGGUUUGCUUUAACCAAGGCAUCACUAUGAGCAUAUUGAGAACUGGUCAACAGAAGCAGAAAUGAGAACAGACACGUGGGCAGGAUCAGUGCAGGAGACACUGCAGAGUAGCACAGCCCUGUUGCAACAGAAAACUCAUUUCUGCUGGCAGAAAUUCCCUGGAGAACCAUGGAGAACCCCCAGAAUUCCCUGGAGAACCAUGCACCCAGGUUUGAUUUGCAGGACUGUCUCUAUCACAUCUACAGGUGUCUCCCCUUUUUCCCCCCUCUUUUCCAGUCUCAGAGCACAUCACCCAAGCACCAUAUUUUCACUCCUCAAUCUAGCUCUGCUGCCCUCAGAUUAGACUCCAAGCUGCAAAAACCUGAGUAUUAAACACAUUAUUUCAGCUCUGUGCAGCCCAGGCUAGCUGUGCACAGCCAGCCUCCUCCUCACCUCCCCACUGUUUGAUCAAUGGGAACAGCAUCAUUUGGAGAUGCAGGAGUGGGGAACAAACAGGUUCUCUGGGUGUUACCUAGGGAACCUCUCCUGCUGAUGCCCCACUGGCUGCUCACUUCAGAUGCUACAGCAUGUGUCCAAUUCUCCAUCUGGGUCUUUCAGCUUCCCUCAUUUCCACCCAGAGGGAGCAGCUCAUUUCCACAGCCAGAGUUUUUAUUACUCUGUGUGCUUACCUUGGCCUUAACAGAGAGGGUUUUUGGCAUUAUCUUUCCCCUGCUUUCAAGAGUUUACAAAGAAAUGGGUUAUUUUGAGCCACCAGAGGCUCUUUGUUCAAUAGUCAUCUGUAAAUUAUCUAUUCAAUCACAUCCCAAUCAGCAGCCUCAAGCACAACAUUUAUAAUAUAUUGCUCCAGAGCAGCUCUGCUUCCAUUACAGUGAUUAUUUCAGAAGAACAGAAGAAAAGAAUCAGAGCAGGUCAAAGACCGAAAUUCAACUGGGAUGUGGAGUUUUGUUCCAUUUAUGAGCUUGAAAUAAAGCUCAUGACCCUGAAGAUUUUUCAGUGGUUGCAAGACCAAAUUAAUUGUUGGUGAAAAGAAUAUAAUGGCCAAUUCAACAGAGCUUUGGUCUUUUAAGUCAACCACGAGUACAGACCUCAAAAUAGAAUUUUUGUGGUGUAUUACAGCAACUGCACAUGGAGACUGGUAUGUAAGCCAGGCUGUGACCACCACAAGCUUCCUGCUGCCAAAUAAAUGCAUCUUCUGUAAUUAAGCAUUGGCUGUAUGAUAAAAUGAAAGUACGGGAGAAAUCAGCAGAAGUCUUUUCCAAAUAUUCCACACCAAAAAUCAGGUUUGUUUAAUGAGAUGGAUUUUCAGGGUUAGUUUUUGGGGAGUU